GCCGCGGUGGCGCAAGCCUGCGCGGAGCUGCGCGGCCCGGGUCCGCUCGUCGCUUCGCCUCGUCGCUAACCGGCUCGAGACCCGGCCCGUCCACCCCGGCGCCUCCCGUCGGCCCCGCAGCACGGACGGAGGAGUCCAUGUUGGGCAACUCGGCGGCGGAGUGACGGGAGAAGCCCGAGCUUCCCGCGGUGGGGCCCGCGGCCGCCGGAGCGCGCGCCUCGACCUCGGCCUGAGGAAACCCUUUUCCAAGGAAAAAUGAAGAAGAAGAUUGUAUAUACUGUAACUAUGGGAGACCAGGAGUAUGAAGGUACGGAAGGUGAAGAAAACAGAAAUCACAGUGCUGCAAGUGGCCUCUUGUACAGUGAAACAGACAGAUGUCCAAUAUGUCUUAAUUGCUUAUUAGAAAAGGAAGUUGGUUUUCCAGAAAGUUGUAAUCAUGUCUUCUGUAUGACCUGUAUUCUUAAAUGGGCAGAGAUGCUGGCUUCAUGUCCUAUUGAUCGAAAACCUUUUCAGGCAGUAUUUAAAUUCAGUCCUUUGGAAGGUUGUGUUAAGGUUCAAAUAAAAAGACAGGUAAGAGAGACAAAAGAAAAGAAAACUGAAAGCUCUUUUAAGAAACAGCUCUCAAGUUCUGAAAGCUAUAUAAGAAAAAAGGCCAUAAGAGAAGAUUUAUUAACUUCAAGAUUUUAUGACUUGAAGAUGAUGUAUAGAAAAUCUUCAAACAGUAAAACAGGAGGACAGAAAAAUGCAGCAAUAAAGAUAGAUACGCCUCGAAGAUCAAAUCAGUGUACAAGUCAUUGCUUCAGAAAUUUUUUCUCCAGUAUGUGUUCUUUUAGUAGUCACACUGGAGAUUCUUUCACCUGUAGAGCUUACUGUACAGAAUUUAUAGAAGUCAGUGAAAUCAGUGCAUUGAUUACUCAGAAGAGACAAGAACUGGAAUUGUCGUGGUUUCCUGGUACAUUACCUGGAAUUGUAAGAGUUGGUUUUGUACCUUGGAAUGUUGGACCAGAAGUCCUUCCUCUCAUCUCUUCUGUGUUGCCAAGAAGUAUUUUUCCAACUAAUUCUAUGUCGUUAGAAAAUUUCGGUACUUCUUGCAAAGGUUAUACAUUAGCACAUACCCAAGAAGGAGAUGAAAAAAAACAAACUUCUGGAUCAUCAAACACUAGAGGAUCAAGACGAAAACCUACAACCACAACUCCUACAAGGAGAUCUACACGUAACACAAGAGCUGAGACUGUUAGUCAGACUCAGAAAUCCCCUGUAUCAAGUAAUUCUGGGUGUGAUGCUCCAGGUAACAAUAUUCCUUCUGAAAGUGUUUCCUCUCCAGUUGAGUCAGAAAAGCAAAGAAGACAGGCUCCAAAACGUAAGUCUGUUAGAAGAGGAAGAAAACCACCUUUACUGAAAAAGAAGCUUCGGAGGUCCGUGCCUUCCUCUGAAAAGACAUCUUCUAGUGAUUCAGUGGAGGAAGAAAUAACAGAGUCUGACACACCACCUGUAUUAGAGAAAGAGCAGCAAUCAGAUGUAGAAAGUAGUAAUGUUUGUUCCUUGCAAACAGAUGUAGAAAACCAAUUGUCUGUUUGCUUGGAAAGUUGUGGUGAACAAACAGGAGAAAAUGAGGAACAUACUGAAAAUCAUGAUUCAGAGGAAAAAUUAGAAUCUUCAGAUUCAAAAUCUUGUAAUCAAGAUACUUCUGUGCUUGUUGGAGAGGAGGAAGGAAUUGAAAAACUUGAGAAUACAGGUAUAGAGGAUAAAGUUUUAUGUUUAGAAAAUGAGGUUUCUAAAGAUAUUUUUGAAAAAGAAAGUGAUUCAUUAGAAAAUCAUGAUCAUCAGAUUUUUGGAUCUUCAGAAUCAGAGGUGAAGGCAGGUACAUGUCCUCCAAAUGAUUUGCUUCCAUGUUCAGGAUCCAAAACUGAAGUAUACCAAGCAGUAUCUAGUUCCCAAGAUGGAAUUCCUGAGAAUUCAGAGUCAGUGAUCAGUGAAGAAAAAUUAGUGGAUAAUCUCUCAGUAGAAACUAGUGAUUAUAAGGAUUCUGCAGUGAAAACAGAAGAAAUUGUAGAGAGCCCUAAGUUAGAAUGUUCAGAGGGUGAAAUUACACAGACAGUAGAUAAAUCUAUUGAAAGCUCAGAGAUUGAGUUACUUGGGAAUGUUGAAACUGAAAAUGCAGAAAUGACUGCCACCUGCAAUACUUCAGAAAAUGAAAACAUGAGUAGUAGUCAAGACUCUGAAAGAAAUAAUAUCCAAUCAGACAAAUCUUUAAAAGAAAAGACUGAAUCUCCAGUUGAGCAUCCUAAUUCUGUGAAGUUGCUUCAGACACCCAUUGAACAGAUCGAGAUGCAUUUUAGUGAGGACAAUAAUGAAAUGAUACCUAUGGAGUGUGAUUCAUUUUGUAGUGACCAAAAUGAAUCUGAAAUUGAAUCAUCUGUGAAUAUUGACUCCAAACUGUUGAGUGAAGAUUCUGUGACACACAGUUCUGAAACUAAUCAGACAUCAUCUGAUCCUACAAACGUAAAGGUUGAAACAAUAUCUCACCCAUCUGAAAACCCAAUAGAUCCCAUAGAUAAAACCAAAAAGCCUCGUACCCGAAAGUCUAGAUUUCAUUCUCCAUCUACUACUUGGUCUCCCAACAAAGAUGCCACCCAAGAAAAAAAGAGAUCUCAGUCUCCAUCUCCUAAGAGAGAAACUGGAAAAGAAAGCAAGAAGUCUCUAUCACCUUCUCCUAAGAAAGAAUCUGCUAGGGGACGGAGAAAAUCUCGCUCCCAGUCCCCAAGAAAAGAUAUGACAAGAGAAAAGAGGCGCACUCAGUCAAGAUCUCCAAAAAGAGAUAGCACUAGGGAAAGUAAAAAAUCUGAAUCACCAUCCCCAAGAAGAGAUACCUCUAGAGAGAACCGAAGAUCUCAGUCAAGAGUGAAAGAUGCCUCAAAAGAAAAGUCUAGGUCCCGGAGCAGAGAAAGAGAAAGUGAUAGAGACGGACAGAGGAGAGACCGAGAUCGAGAACGAGAGCGAGAAAGGAGAACCAGAAGGUGGUCUAGGUCCAGAUCUCGUUCUCGAUCACCAUCAAGAUCAAGAACAAAAAGUAAAAGUUCAACUUUUGGCAGAAAUGAGAGAGACAGUUACUCUCCUCGGUGGAAGGAAAGAUGGACAACUGAUGGUUGGAGGUGCCCACGAGGAAGUGAUCGUUACAGGAAGAAUGACCCAGAGAAACAGAAUGAAAAUACAAGAAAAGAAAAGAGUGAUGUCAGUUUAGAUACUGACGAUCCAAAUUCUGUUGACAAAUGUAGAAAUGAUUGUCCCAGUUGGGUAACAGAAAAAAUAAAUUCUGGGCCUGACCCAAGGACCAGAAAUCCAGAAAAGUUAAAAGAUUCCCACUGGGAAGAAAAUAGAAAUGAAAAUUCAGGGAAUUCUUGGAAUAAAAACUUUGGUUCGAGUUGGGUAUCUAACCGUGGUAGAGGUAACCGAGGCAGAGGCACAUACAGAGGUAGUUUUGCCUAUACAGAUCAAAAUGAAAAUAGGUGGCAGAACCGAAAACCCCUCUCAGGUAAUUCAAAUAGUUCAGGGAACGAUUCUUUUAAGUAUAUGGAACAGCAGCCCUACAAGCGGAAAAAUGAGCAAGAGUUUUCCUUUGAUACGCCAGCAGAUAGGUCAGGAUGGACAUCUGCAUCUAGUUGGGCUGUGAGAAAGAAUUUGCCAGUAGAUGUACAGAACUAUUAUUCACGGCGUGGGAGGAAUUCUUCAGGUUCACAGUCUGGAUGGAUGAGACAAGAAGAGGAAACAACUGAACAGGAUUCUAACCUAAAAGACCAAACAAAUCAACAAGUUGACAGUUCUCAGCUGCCUAUAAAUAUGAUGCAGCCACAAAUGAACGUAAUUCCGCAACAGAUGAAUGCACAACACCAGCCAAUGAAUAUCUUUCCAUAUCCAAUGGGUGUUCAUGCCCCUUUGAUGAACCUCCAACGAAGUCCAUUUAACAUGCAUCCUCAGCUACCCUUGCAUCUCCACACAGGAGUGCCUCUCAUGCAGGUGGCUGCUACUGCCAGUGUAACUCAGGGACCACCCCCACCCCCACCCCCACCCCCGCCCUCCCAACAAGUCACCUACAUUGCUUCACACCCAGAUGGAAACCAGUCGCAGGGUAUACCUAGUGCUUCUCAUGUAAGUAAUAACAUGAGUACACCAGUCUUGCCUGCUCCGACAGCAGCCCCAGGAAGUAUGGGAACAGUUCAGGGACCAAGUUCUGGUAAUACUCCGUCAUCAAGUCACAGCAAAGCCUCUAAUGCUGCUGUAAAAUUGGCAGAAAGCAAAGUAAGUGUUACAGUGGAAGCCAGCGCAGAUAGCUCGAAGACAGACAAGAAAUUGCAAAUUCAAGAAAAAGCUGCCCAGGAGGUAAAAUUGGCUAUUAAGCCAUUUUACCAAAACAAAGAUAUCACCAAGGAAGAGUAUAAAGAGAUUGUACGGAAAGCAGUAGAUAAAGUUUGUCAUAGUAAGAGUGGAGAAGUAAAUUCUGCUAAAGUGGCAAAUCUGGUUAAAGCCUAUGUAGACAAAUACAAAUAUUCACGGAAGGGGAGCCAAAAGAAAACUCUGGAAGAACCCGUGACUACUGAAAAAAACAUAGGCUGAAAUGGGGAGAGCUGUAAAGGACAUUGCCAAGACACCUGCCAAGUGCAAUUCAACAUGUACCCUUACCUGAGAAUCAUAACUGUGACUGAAAUCUGGUUUUGAUAAACAUUAUUUUUUUUAAUGUAGAAUAUAAUGUUUUGUUCUAAAUAAAUAUAGUUCUGCACUGCAAUUUCUUUAACCUCUCCCCUCAAAUAAAGCAAAUUCAAGGGAAAAUAAAGGGUUUAAUGGAAUGUGCAUUUUUACUAGGAUUGUGUUAUAGUGUGGAUACUAGAGGAUGUACAGCUUUUUUAUUGAAAUCAUGGAGUGCAUAAAUUAGAAACUUCUAAGAGCACUGGUUUUGGAAGACAAUACAUAUAUAUAUACACAUAUAUAUGUAUAUAUAUUGCAUUUAUUCUGUCAAGCUAUAAAGUGUAAUCUUUAUGAAUUUAAUUAUAGAAAGUUAAAUAAUGUAUUACCAUUAAAAUAUUUCUAAUAUUAAUAGACCAAUUGCAGGGUUCCUAAUGUGUAUUUUUAAAGUACAUAUCUGAAAUAAAUUGCUUAGAUAGCAAACAUCAUCACAAUACUAAAAUUUAGUGUUCACAACUUUGAGACCCUCUUCCUGUUGUAUCACCAAAUAAAGCUUCUGCUGCUUGGUUUUCUUUGUGCCUUUUUUCCCCCCAGUUGAGAUGAAGCAGUUUGAUUUACUAGAUUGUAAUUUUGGCAGUUGAAAAUCUGUUGAAUUUUUAGAAGACUCAUUUUGAAAAUUUUUGUCUAGUCAGAAAUUAUGUUCUCUUGACCCAUCAGAGAUGAUAAAUUAUUUGUUCCCGUUAGAUAGUUGUUCUUAGUGGGGACCCUUCUCCUUCCUUGGGACUUAAGGUAGAAUUUCAAGACUUAUUUCACUGGCUUCAGGUUGAUGUUGUUCUGUCUAUAAUCACUGAUGGACUGUUAUACCCAUUCAAGAUGUCUUCAAAUGCUUUAUGAUAAAUGAAAUUCGUGAUUAUCACCUAUGUUGUAGAAUUAUAGACAUUAAAACUUUUAUUUGAUAAAAGGAGAGGAAAAUUAAGUAAUGGAGUUUUAUUUAGGUUUUCAAAGACCAAGUUUUUUUGGUUUUUUUAGAUGUUAAUUUUUAUGAAAGGUAAGUUUAGGACCACUAUUUCAUUUCUGGAAAGAAAAAAGGAAUUCUUUCAUGAUAAACUGUCUUUCAUUCCAGUAACAGUUUUCAAUAGAUACCAAGUAACUGGGAAGAUGUUAAGAUUAUAUAUUAAUGGAUCCCAGGUAAAUAUACACCUCAGUGAGACAGACCCUUUCGCUAGAGCAAUAUUCUGUAGAUUUGUGCUUUCUGAAUUAAUGAUUAUGUUGGUUUUUUGUGCGUAAUAUUUUCCUGGUGCUAGCUUUGAUAGGUGGAAAUACUUUGAAAUGUUGUUCCCAUCUGGUGAUUGUGCUAGUUAGUUAGUAAGCUAUAUUAGGUAAUGAUUCUAAUCCUAAAAAAAAUUUUCAAAUCAUUUUUGAUCUUCAUUCUACAUUUCUGGGCAUUUGUAUAUGGUGUUUUACUGAUAUAUAUUUUAAAUUAAAGUAUGUUUAGAUUAUGAUGGGGAACGAAGUUUAGAAUUCUGUUUGGAAGUCUGUUUCUCUUACUAAGACAUAAAGACAGCCUUUCAGAUGACCAGCCCACAUCUUUUCAUUUGUUCCAGAUCAGAACCUCAAAAAAAAUGAUGGUGUGAACUGGCAGUCUUUGAGUUAGUGGUAGUUUGGAAAUUUGAUGGCAAACUGCUGUUUCUAAGCUGAUGAAUGUGUGCUUUUCUUUCAUUUUCCUUCAGAGACAUUUGAGAAUUGAAUGAUAUUUGAAAAUAAUCUUUGUAUUAGAUUUUGCAAAUAAACUCUGGGGUUUUGAAGAAAUACUAGGUGGUAUUUUGAAGAGUUGUGGGCUCAUACCUUUGGCUCUCCAGAAUUUCCACCAUUCUUAAAAAUAGCAAGUUUGUUGUGUUCUGUAUCUGGGCUGUAUUUACAAUAGCUGGUGAAGAAUGUUAACUUGAUUAGAAUUGAACUUUUAAAAAGUGAAUUGGUGCAUGCCUUGUGUAUUUUUUUAAAAAACAAUUUGUUGCUUUUACAUUCCUCAUUCUUGUUUCUUUUUCAGAAAUUUGCGUUAAUUUUGCAUGUAUCCAAACUUUAUCAAAAAUAGUUUAGAAACUGCUAUAAACUAUAGAAUUACAGAUUGCUCAUUUUCUUCAAGGUUUGGUUAUGAUAUUGAUCUUUGGAACCUUGACUCUUUUAACUUAAUAGCCACAUUGGCUGGUAUUUUAGGCUUUUGACAUGCCUAGAGUUUUGAGACAUAAUAGUAGGUACCCAUUACUUCAAUAUUCCAAAACUCCUAUGAUUGUUGUCAUGCUGGUCAUUACCACAUGUUCUCCAUUACAUCUUCCUUAAAUGCCUACAAAUGUGUACUGCUUGAAUGUUUCAUCCCAAAAUGCAGCUUCAGAAGCACAGUGGUUGGGGCAGGGUCUAAGAAAUUGUAGUUUGAGGUUGGAUGGAGUGCUGUCUACUGAAACAAUACUCUGAAGCAAAUAUGUAGUGUGUAAUAUUUUCUAAUAAAUUCCUUUGUUAAACAAA